AUGGCAUCAACCGACAGUGCCUCGACUGGCCAAGUGCACCAUCAGUUACCCUUCCCCUUCUCAAACCAAGACGACUUGACGCCAGCUCCGCUUCUACUUACCCAAGGCGCUGAAGCCUUGGUCUACCGCACCACCUUCCUCACACCUUCGACAGCUUGCGCCCUCAAGUACCGACCAGCGAAGCCAUGGAGACACCGUACUCUGGACAUGCGAUUGACUCGUCAGCGAAUUCUUGCAGAAGCUAGAGUGCUUACUCGUUGUCGUCGUGAGGGUGUUGCUGUCCCCGCCGUCUUGGGACUUGACUGGGAGCGUGGAUGGUUGGCACAAGAAUGGAUCUAUGGCAAUACUGUUCGCAGAGUCCUGGAUUGGGUCCAUAAGGAGAGCAGUCUGUCCAACAGCGAGAAAGAGCAACAGGUGCACGAUUUGUUGCGAAGAAUUGGCAGUGCCCUUGGCCGCCUGCACGAAAGAGGCCUGGUUCACGGUGAUUUGACAACCAGCAACCUCAUGCUGCGACCUGCUGAAAGCGAUGUUAACAAAGAGGACAAGCAAGUCGGAAAGACCAUUCGCAUUGUCAACACUAAUGGGGAAAUUGUCCUGAUCGAUUUUGGUCUUGCACAGCAGACGGUACAAGAAGAGGACAAGGCUGUCGAUCUCUACGUGCUUGAAAGAGCCUUCGCUUCUACACAUCCUGAGGUGGAGGACGACUUCGGUCACCUGCUGCAAGCCUACGGCGAGAGCUACAAAGGCGCCAAGACAGUACUCAAAAGACUGGAAGACGUCCGCAUGAGAGGAAGAAAGAAGAGCAUGUUAGGUUGA